GUCAUAAACAGUCCCGCCUACAGAAAUGUUUCCUUUUGGACACUGUCCCGCCUACAGAAAUGUCUCGGCCAAGUUUCCUCAUCACCCCAGUGGACCCCACGCGUCAGCGUGCUCCAGUCCACUCGAUUCAAAACUUCCCUCCAUAUCUGGCAACCAUGCGCGUCAUCCGGUGUUGGCGAUGUUGCAGAGGGGAGGAACCCUUCGUGACCAAUCCGGGAUGGCUUUCCAAAUCGUGAUCGCACUGGCACAGUGCCACCAGAAAACGAGCAACUCAUUGCCAAUGGAUGAAUGGAGUAGUAUGUUAAUACGAGUAGUAGUACCCGCUAUCUUUGGCGUUUAAUUCGAGGCUAAUGCUGCCGUUCGUGUCACAUCAGCGACCGGAUUCAUCUGCUGAUCCUGUCGUCUUCCUCGUACCCUCUCUGCUGCUCCUUCCUCUUCCCUUUGUCGCCUACGCGAACCUGGUGCGAGGUGCCCCGUUGAGAAAAAAAUUGGGUUCGAAUUUUUCUCUGGUUCGCUUGUGAUUUUGUGGGGGCUAAAGAAUCAAUCCUUCGGGGCUCGGAGCGAUGGACGUGGACCAGCUGAUCCUGUUCGUCUUUGUGUGCUGUUUGUCCUCGAGGUUUGCUGAUGCGUAUGAUCCGGUAGAUCCGAAUGGGAACAUCAUAAUCAACUGGGAUUUUCAGAGCAUCGAGAACGUCUACACGGUGCGCAUGCCUGCUAGUCAUGGUGAGCGUCCACAAUCACCAGCUGUACCGCCACAUCGAGCAGCCCGGGUGGCGGCUGAGCUGGAGGUGGGCUGGCAACGAGAUCAUCUGGGGCAUGACGGGCGCGGAGGCGACGGAGCAGGGCGACUGCCACCGGAUCCGUGGCGCCACCCGGCCGCAUUGCUGCGAGAAGCAACCGGUCAUCGUGGACCUGCCCCCCGGCACGCCGUACAACAACCAGGUCUCCAGCUGCUGCCGGGGCGGCGUGCUGUCGUCGCUCACGCAGAACAACCGGACGUCCACCGCGGCGUUCCAGAUGGUGGUCGGCGGCUUCAGGCGCGCCACGUACCACGACGGCGACAGGGGCCCCGCGCUGCCGUCACGCUUCGGCGUCGGAGUGCCCGGGUACUCCUGCAGCAACGCCACCAAGGUGAACGCGACCAGGUCACCGAUCGGCAGGCACCGGCACGUCCAGUCUCUGCUGACAUGGCAGGUCACCUGCACGUACUCGCAGUUCAUGGAGGCCGCGUCGCCGACGUGCUGCGUCUCCCUCUCGUCGUUCUACAACAGCACGAUCGUGCCGUGUCCGCGUUGCAGCUGCGGCUGCCCACGAUCCCCCACGGCGCCGCAAUGCAUCAGCGAGGGCGAGAAGCCGGAGCUGCCGGCCGGCGACGGUGAGGCGGUCGCGCCGGUCUUCCGGUGCACCGACCACAUGUGCCCAGUCCGGGUGCACUGGCACGUGAAGAUCAGCUACCGUGAGUACUGGAGGGUGAAGGUGACGAUCACCAACUACAACCAGGUCAAGAACUACAGCGACUGGAACCUGGUGGUGCAGCACCCGAACCUCCGGAGCCUGACGCAGCUGUUCAGCUUCAACUACCAGCCUCUCAUCGAGUACGGCACCCUGAACGACACGGGGAUGUUCUGGGGGAUCCAGUACUACAACGAGAUGAUGCUGCAGGACGGUAAUGUGCAGACGGAGAUGAUACUGAAGAAGGACAAGAGCGACUUCACCUUCUCCGGUGGAUGGGCGUUCCCGAGGAGGGUGUACUUCGACGGCCACGAGUGCGUCAUGCCACCGCCGGAUCAGUACCCCUUGCUGCCCAACGGAGGCCCGGACUCGCGCGUCUCGGCGGCGCAAUUGAUCGCCAGCUCGUGCUUGUUGUUGCCAUUCAUUUUCCUUAUCAUGUAAAAUAUUAUUUCGCCAUCGUAAUUGUUCGAGUAGGAAAGAGAAAUACAGGUGCAAUCGUGCAAACUUGCAGAGCCUAAACUUUGUGUAAAAUUACUAAGGGCUGGGGUCUAAAGGACUGGGCUGAAUUCUAUGUAUGUGUGUAUAUACCGUUUUGGGAGGAAUUCCGUAAAGACUUUCCCUUCCCAGGCCUCGUUUAGAUGAAGCCCGGUAAAUAACAAUUUGUAUUUUUUUUGAA